CAGUUUUGACGUCUAAUUUACGCGCCGGUGUUUUUGUAGGAGUCGGCGCACAGCACAGUUUGUUGUCUGUAUUGUAGCGACUACCAUCAUGGUAGUGUUUCCAAGUUCACUGACGGAGGAAGAGGAGGCUCUGCAAAAGAAAUAUGCUAAACUAAAGAAAAAAAAAAAGGCGCUGCUUGCCUUGAAGAAGCAGAGUUCAACCAACCAGACAAACCAGAGUGGCUUGAAACGGACCUUGUCGGACCAACCCGUCGUUGACACCGCAACAGCGACAGAACAAGCAAAGAUGCUCAUCAAGUCGGGUGCCAUCAGCGCCAUCAAAUCAGAGAACAAGAACUCCGGCUUUAAACGCUCUCGAAUGCUGGAGAUUAAACUCAAGGACCCAGAGAAAGGCCCCGUUCCUGCUUUCUUACCGUUCCAAAGGAGCGUCUCCACAGAUGAAGAACAACCUGAGUCUGGUAAGAGAGCCCACAGGAAAUCACUGUAUGAGAGCUUCGUCAGUUCAAGUGACCGAUACCGGGACGAGGACGACGGGGGCGGCAUGUCAUCCAGCCGCGACUUGGACAGAGACCGAGAUCGAGACCGCGACCGAGAGCUGGACAGGGAACGGGACAGAGAUAGAGACAGAGACCGGGACAGGGAUAGGGAUAGAGACAGAGGCAGAGACAGAGAUCGAGACCGGGACCGAGAAAGAGACAGAGACCGGAGCAGAGACAGGGACCGAGACCGAGACAGGGACCGGGAAAGAGACAGAGAUGGACCAUUUAGACGGUCUGACUCGUACCCAGAGCGGAGAGGAGUGCGAAAGGGGAAUACAGUGUAUGUUUACGGCUCUGGGCUUGUCGAAGACAGCCUGCGCUCUGCCUUCUCUCAACAUGGAAACAUCAUCGACCUCUCUAUGGACAACCCUCGCAAUUGUGCAUUUAUCACAUUUGAGAAGAUGGAGUCUGCAGACCAGGCUGUAGCUGAGCUGAAUGGAAGCACGGUGGGAGACAUUCACAUCAAAGUCAGCAUCGCCAGGAAGCAGCCCAUGCUGGAUGCUGCUACGGGCAAAUCUGUGUGGGCUUCACUGGCUGUGCAGAACAGCACUAAAGGCUCCUACAGGGACAAGAGGAACCAAGUCGUGUACAGUGAAGAUUUCCUCUGAUGAGAAAAAUUAUUUGCUUUUGUAUCUUGGCAUCAAGCUUUUCAUGUUUUUUUGUUACUCAGCUUCUUAACGUGUCUGUGUUUCAGGAUAAAUACAAAUUUUCUGCUGUCGUUUAGAUAGUAGAUCACUAGUAGUUCACAUGAUUGGUAUGUGACGCUGUGUGUGGCAGCUUUGCUCAUGAAACUAGAGAUACUGUUUCAGUGGAGCUUAAUAAAUAGUAUCCAUACGUU